AUGCUGCAAAACAUCUGUAAGAAAACAUUCCUCUCAGCAGUACGCCAGCGACAAAUAAAACAUUUUACAACUGUUGCCACAACUCACAUAGCUGAUGAUGAAAAACAACACAAGUCUGAUGAAAAUACAAAUGAAUUAACACGCCAACAAUGGGAUGAAUUUACCAAAGAGUUUAUGGAAAAUCGCAUUGAAAUGACACCAUUUCAAAAGGUACUUUUAGCAGCUGGUUCAUCAAUUGCCGCCCUAGUAGAUCCGAGAAGACACGAUAUGAUUGCUUGUCUAGGCGAGACAACCGGUGAGCAAGCUUUACAAAACAUUUUGCAUACAAUGAAAUCGUGUGAGGAAGGUCAGCGUAUAUUACGUUCUAAGCCACGUAUAAACACACGUACUGUUGAUAUCGAAAGAUUACGUCAAUUACCUGAGAAUACUUUCGGACGUGCUUAUGUUAAGUUUUUAGAUGAUAAUCACGUUACUCCAGAUUCACGCAUGGAAGUGCGUUUUAUGGAUGAUCCCGAAUUGGCUUACAUUAUGACUAGAUAUCGUGAGUGUCAUGAUUUAGUUCAUACCAUACUCGAUAUGCCCACAAAUAUGUUGGGAGAAGUAGCUGUUAAAUGGUUUGAAGCUUUAAAUAACGGUUUGCCAAUGUGUUAUGGUGGCGCGAUUUUUGGAGCUAUGCGUUUAAGACCAAAACAACGCAAACAGUAUUUAAAUGAAUAUUUACCUUGGGCAAUUAAAAAUGGUAAAAAUGCGAAACCCUUAAUGUCUGUUUACUGGGAGGAACGCUGGGAACAAGAUAUAGAUGAAAUCAGAAAAGAACUACAAAUUGUCAAACUUAAAUAAACAAAAUUAUAACGGUUUAUUUCUUUCAUAACAACUCUGUUAUUUUUGUUUUUGACUGAUCUUUGUGCUGGAAAAAGUUGGCAACACUUUUGAUGAUGUCGUCAAUUUGACAUUUACAACAAGAAUUCUCUCUCCAUCAAACUCUCAACAAAGUUUCUUUUUUAAUUUAUACCAACUCUCAUGUAGUAGUGAUUUUCUGUUUUGUUUGCAUUUUUAAUUAAAUUAAUUUUUGUUUUCUUCGUUUCAAUUAAUUAAAUAAUAAAG